AUGUGUGUCGCCCGGGCCACCGCUGCUCAAACUACCCUCACCACACCCUCAUCUGUGGCGUCUGAGGCACAUAGAAAAGCGUUUCCGCACGCAAACAUUCGAAGAAAAAAUUCGCGCCUCCUACACAAGGCAGACCGCGCCGCGAAGCUCUUGGGCGAUCGCUCGAGAGAGCUAUUGCAUUAUAUGACACCUCUGGUUGCUCCAGGAUCCCGACGUCUGGCGCAGAGGUGUACUCGUCCGCUCUCCGCACGAUUCUCCACCACCGCGCGCGCUCAUAAUGGCUCCUCUUCACGGAAGAAGACACCACGCGACCACCUCAACUACAAUCCACAGAUAUCAUUUUCGGACACUCCGGACCCCGAGCACGUCAACUACAGGCGCGUCACUUCUAACGAUCUUGAAGAGGAGAGCGACCCUCCGAGACGCGUCAAGAUGCUUGUGCGCGACUACAUAGAGAACUCGCUAUACCACCCACACUACGGCUACUUCACGAAACAGGCGAACAUUUUUUCUACGCCGCAGCCUCUGGAAUUUGGUGCGUUGCGCUCGUCCAUCGAGUUUCAGGCGGUUGUGGCCAAGCGGUACGCCGGGUACGGACGCGGAAGUGUGGGGCCUGGUGUACAGCUAUGGCAUACACCGACGGAAAUAUUCAAGCCGCAUUAUGGCAAUGCUAUUGGUCAAGCACUCGUGUCAGAAUACUUGCUGAAGUACUUCCCCUACGAGGACUUUGUCAUCUAUGAAAUCGGUGCGGGAAAUGGCACCAUGGCGCUAGAUAUUCUGAACUACGUUCAGGCGGAGUAUCCCGACGUGUAUGACAGGACGAAGUACAACAUCAUCGAGAUCAGUGACAACUUGGCGCGAAUACAGCGCGAAAAGCUCUCUGCGGUCCACCCGUGUGUGAAUGUGAUGCACAAGAGCAUAUUUCACUGGAACACGCGUGAGCCAGCGCCAUCUUUCUUCUUAGCCAUGGAAGUGAUCGAUAACUUCGCUCAUGACAUGAUUCGCUACGACCUCCGAACGCUGGAGCCGUACCAGGGCCUGGUGACGAUUGAUGGCAACAGUGACUAUAGCACAUACUACACACGGGUGACGGACCCUCUGAUAUCAUCCUUCCUGGCGCUGCGUCGCCGACUCAUGCAUGCGCCGCCAAUCCCCCGACUUCUCAAGGCAUCCUCCACCUUCCGCUCAUUCUACACGAACCUCCCUUUUGCGCCGAACCUAUCCGCGCCAGAAUACAUCCCGACGCGCCUCCUCAGCCUCCUCCGCACGCUACGGAGACACUUUCCGCGUCACCACCUGCUACUCUCCGACUUCUCGUCCCUCCCGGAGACCAUCCCGGGCGUCAACGCGCCCCGUGUGCAGACGCGGGUGGGCGACGAGAUGGUGACCUGCGGGACGCUGCUCGUCAACCCGGGCUACUUUGACAUCUUCUUCCCAACUGAUUUCGAGCGCCUUCGCGACUUGUACGAACACGUUCUGUCGGAGCCGCUCUCGAUGUCCGCUUCCGAGAGCCCCCCUCGCGCUUCGCCCCUGUCCACCACGUCGUCGUCGCUGUUUGUCGGCACGGAUUUCUUCUCGUCCUACCACCCGAGGAAUCGGCGGCCCCCCGUCGACGACGUCGCGUCGGCGAGCGGGUUGCCGGUGGGCGACCGCAAGUCCAGGGUGCUCACGCAUGAGGAGUUCAUGGAGACGUAUGCAGACUUGAGCAAGACACGGGUACGGAAUGGGGAGAACCCUCUGGUGGAGUUUUACAAGAAUGUAAAAUUCCUUUUCUGA